AUGGUGAAAGCAGUUCCAGGUGUUCUCGUAAAAUGCGACCCGUCCAUUAAAGCUCUGAUCCUGAAUCUCGACAAAGAGUUCGGUAACCAAUACGUUAUUGAGGACCUCGGCGAUGAAGAGCACCUUCUGGUCAAGAAUGACCGGAUUCAAGAGCUGAAGCGGAGAGUCCAGGAGGAGAUCUCAAAACGCAUCGAAACCAAACUGGACGAAGACGAGUAG